AUGUCACAUCACUCUACAAUCACAGCGGGACAACCACGGCCAUCGAAUACAAGAGAACCAUCAACAGACCUGACGAGAACCACGUCAGUUGUACCGGAUCCUGUGGUAAUUCCUCGUUCCCAGCGCCGUGGGUUUCUCGCACGCUUCGCUCUUAUUCCCGAAGUCGAAAAUCCCCAGCACUAUACCCGACAAACGAAAUGGCUACUUACUUUCAUUGUUGCUUUUUGUGCCAUGGCUGGACCAAUGGGCUCUGCGAUUGUCAUGCCGGUACUCCAAGACAUUAGCAAAGCUUUUCAAGCGACCGAGACUGUAACCAAUAUGUCCGUCGCUGUGUACAUGCUCAGCAUGGGCAUUUUCCCACUAUGGUGGAGUUCCUUUUCAGAACGGCUGGGCCGACGAACCAUUUACAUUACCUCAUUUAUUUUAUUCGUUAUUUUCGGUAUACUCGCAGCAGUUAGCACAACGAUCCACAUGUUGAUUGUCUGCCGUGUUCUGUCUGGAGGUGCAGCCGCCUCUGUGCAAGCAGUGGGUGCUGGAACCAUCGCAGACAUCUGGCACACGAAAGAAAGAGGCGCAGCAAUGGGCUUGUUCUACCUUGGUCCACUCUGUGGACCUCUGUUUGCCCCGAUUAUCGGAGGUGUGCUCGGAGCAGAACUGGGAUGGCGAAGCACACAAUGGUUUCUAGUCAUAUACGGAGGCCUCACAGUGAUCUUUAUCAUCUUUGCCCUACCAGAAACAUUACAUCGGGACAUUAAACCAUCUACAGGCCCUGCUACACCACCGUCAAGCGAUGACAGAGAAAAAGAGCCUGAUGCGGCUCUUCGAAGAAGCACCACGCACGCCUCAACCGUACAGAAAACUAAGAGCAUACUUCUGCACCUCCGCCAUAUAUUCAUCGACCCGCUUCGUAUCAUAACUUGGCUCCGCUUCCCACCUGUCCUUCUUACCGUAUAUUCAGCAAGCAUAACCUUCGGCUCCCUCUACAUCCUCAACAUCAGUAUUCAAAAGACUUUUUCUAGUUCCCCGUAUUCCUUCUCAACUCUCAUUGUUGGUCUACUCUACAUCCCAAACUCUGCAGGUUACCUCCUCGCUUCUAUCUACGGUGGCCGCUGGCUCGACUCCAUCAUGCACCGCGAAGCCCGUAAAGCGGGGCGCUACGACGAAAACGGCAAACUCAUCUUCCGGCCCCUCGACCGCAUAAGAGAGAAUGCUUGGAUUGCUGCUACUCUGUGGCCUGCUGCGCUGAUCGUGUAUGGUUGGACGGCUCAGCAUGGGAUACAUUGGGUUGUGCCCAUGAUUAGCAAUUUCUUCUUUGGCAUCGGCAGCAUGUUGGUGUUUGCGCUUGUAAAUACUAUAUUGACAGAGUUCAUGCCCAGACGGGCUGCAAGUGGAAUCGCGCUGAAUAAUUUUGUGCGGAACAUUUGUUCAUUUGUAGGCGCUGUAGUGGCAGAGCCGAUUCUCACUGCAAUUGGGAAUGGGUGGCUAAUGACAAUCUUGGGUCUUUGGAGUGUUACUACAGGCUUGGCUGCAUUGUAUGCGUUGAGUAGGUGGGGCGAGAGAUGGAGAGGGGCUAUGAUUGAGGUUUUUGGGUGA